AUGCCGCUGGAUCACCGCCGCCUGCGCGGCCCGGAGGAGUCGCAGCCGCCGGAGCUGUGGGCAGCGGCCGGGGGAACCGGUGAGGCGGAGGAGGAGGAGGAGGAGGAUGCGGUGCCGCGGGACCCCUGCGCGCUGCGGCCGCUCUUCGCCCGGGCCGGGCUGCUGAGCCAGGCGGAGGGCUCGGCCUACGUGGAGCUGGGCGGCGGCACCAAGGUGCUCUGUGCCGCCUGGGGCCCGCGGGAAGCGGCCGAGCCCGGCGCGGCGGCGGCGGGAGGGGGGCGGCUGCUCUGCGAGUUCCGCCGGGCUCCCUUCGCCGGCCGCGGGGCGCGGUGGCGGCCGGGCUCGGCGGCGGAGCGGGAGGCGGAACGGGAAGCGGCGGCUGCGCUGCGGGAAGCGCUGGAACCGGCGGUGCGGUUGGCCCGCUACCCGCGGGCUCGCCUGGCCGUCAGCGCCCUGCUGCUGCAGGACGGGGGCUCGGCGCUGGCUGCUGCCAUCAGCGCGGCCGCCCUGGCCCUGGCCGAUGCCGGGGUGGAGAUGUACGACCUGGCGGUGGGCUGUGCCCUGUGCCGGCCCCCCGGGCCCGCCGCCGCUUGGAUGCUGCAGCCCGGGGAGCCCGAGGAGCGUCGUGCCGUGGCCCGGCUCACCGUGGCUCUGCUGCCCGCCCUUAACCAGGUGUCGGCGGUGCUGGGCAGCGGGCAGGGCAGCCCUCCCGACGCCUGGGCGCAGGCGCUGCGCCUGGGCCUCGACGGCUGCCACCGCCUCUACCCCGUGCUGCGGCAGAGCCUGCUGCGAGCCGCCCGACGCCGCGAUGCCGCCGCUGCCACCACUGCUUGAGUGCUGAUGAUACCCGGGGGCCCCUAUCUGGGGAGGGGGUCGUGUCCCAGAGCCCAUCCAAGCUGCCCUCGAUGCUACCAGAGGCCUCUGGAGCCUGCCUGAUCCACACUUCACGCUGCCGGAGACACCCUGGAGCCUGCCCAAGCCAGGCCUCCAGUUGCCAGAGACCCCCAGAGCCAGCCCUUGCACCGCUGGAGACCCCCCGGAGCCUGCCCAAGCCAGCCCUCCAGUUGCCAGAGACCCCCCCGGAGCCAGCCCUUGCACUGCUGGAGACCCCCCGGAGCUGCCCACACAGCCGGAGGCCCAAGAAACCUGCCCAAGCACACCAUAGCCUGCCUCCCCCCCACUGCCUGAGAGCCCCCAAAACAGCCCCCACGCUGCCCGAGCACCCCAGAGCCCACCUGAGGAGCACCCAUGUCACAGGAGACACCUUCCGAGUGACCCUGCAGGACCCAAGCAGCCUCGCAUGCUGCCGGAGCCCCCCAAGAGCAGCCUCCAUACUGCCUCAGCUGCCCGAGCCUGCCUGCGCCAGUCCCACGCUGCCGGAUCCUACCUGAGACCUCCCUCCAAGCAGCUGCCUGCACUGCGGGACCUCACACCCCACCCCAGGGUGGCCCCAGCACCAAGGCUGAGACCCUCACACCGAGCUGCCCACCACGACCAACCAUGCAGGCAGGGUCCAGGCAGCACCGGGCAGGAACCGCGUCAUGGCCCAGACUGCGCAUCCCUUGGACCUCCUGCCCAGGCAGUGCUUCAGGGUGGCAGAGAUGUGUUUUGUUGGGGUUUUUUUAAUAAUAAAUCAGGUUUUUCUGGUGA